AUGAAAGGUAUUAUCUCAUCCAUUGCCCUUAUGGCAACCACUGUUAUAGCAGCAACUUCAUCUUCUUACUCAUUGACUAUUGAAUCAACCUCAAUUUCAACUGUGCCAUGUUCUUCAUCAUCUGCUACAUAUUUAGCUCCAUCAUCCUUUGUAUACAGUAAUUCAACUACAUCAAUAACUGAUGCUGCAGUUGCAAGUACAUAUCCGGUGAUAGAUGUUUCUUCAUCAGCAGAUCCAGCUGACCCUCCAACUGAUCCAACAUCUUCAGCUGACCCAGCAGAUCCACCUACUGAUCCAACUUCUUCAAUAGACCCACCAAUUGAUCCUCCAGCUACUACUUCAGCUGAUCCAUCAUCAUCAUCUUCAUCAUCAAAAGUUAGAUCAACUUUAUACGCUUAUGUUACUGAUACUGAAAAUGGUGUUUUCGAAGUCACAACCACUGUCUGUACCAAUGGUAAUUGUUACGUCAGUACUUUAUUAGAAAGUUCAACUACCCUUACUACUACUGUUGAUGGUAUUUUAACCGUUUUAACUACUGCUAUUCCAGUCUCUGGUUCAGUUCCACCAGCUAUUUCUCCAGUUAUUUCAACAGAAUAUUCUUCUGCUGAUCCAACUGAAUCUGAAGCAUUAACUACUUAUACUACCACUGUCGAUGGUGUUGUCACUGUUGUUACUACUUAUUGUCCAUUUAGUGGUAAAACUACUUCAACUGAAGCUACUGUUGCUCCUGCUUCAACUACUUCAGCUCCAAUUAUUACUACAAGUGAAGAAAAUGAAACUAGUACUGAAACUUUAGUUUCAACCACUGUUAUUACCAUUACUUCUUGUAAAGAAAAUAAAUGUUCUGUUGUUCCAAAGACAACCGGUGUCACUGUUGUUACUGAAGAUCAUACUAUUUAUACUACUUAUUGUCCAUUAUCAGGUGAAGUUGUAUCUUCUACUCCCGCUGUUGCUCCAACUAGUGAGGAAGAUACUACUACCACUAUUCAAAUAACUGAAACUCCUGCUGCUUCCGAAUAUUCCACUAUAAAUGUUAUAACUAAUAAUAUUGUUACUGAAACUCCAGUAUCAACCUCUUCCCAAAUCACUUCUGCUGUGAAUCAAACCACUAUAAGUACUUUCUCAACUUAUGAAGGUGGUGCUAUUGGUUCAACUGCUAAGACUUCUGGUUUCUUGGGAUUAAUAAUUUCGUUUGUAUUCCUUUUGAUAUGA